AUGCCGAAGGGCGGCAAGAAGACUUCGCUCAAAGCGGCACUGUCCUCACAGCAAUCGCGCCUGAAGAAGAAACAGGAAGCGGCUCGUGCAGCCCAGCACGCUGAACGAGCCAAAUCAGGUCCGCAAUCUAAGGGGAAGGGCAAAGCUACCGCUCCCUCUCAGGCUCGCCCAACAAUCCCCUUCGGUCCUACUGACAGCAUUCUGUUGGUUGGCGAGGGCAACUUUUCGUUUGCGCGGGCGCUUGUUAUAUCCCCUCCCGAGUCCCUGCAGUAUCUCCCGCCUUCUAACGUCACUGCCACCGCAUAUGAUACCGAGGAAGAAUGCUGCUCAAAAUAUCCAGACGCCGCUGAGAUCAUUCGAGCACUCCGUGAAAAGGGCGUCGGGCUCCUCUUUAGCGUCGACGCCACAAAGUUAGACAAAUGUCCUCCUUUGCGGGGCCGUAAGUUCGACAGGAUAGUCUGGAACUUCCCGCAUGCUGGGAAAGGAAUUACGGACCAGGACAGAAACAUCCUCUCAAAUCAGGUGCUCCUGCUCGGCUUUUUGCGCUCUGCCGCUCCUUUCCUGGCGUCAGGCCCUAUACCAGUAGUUCACAAACCUCGUAAACAGAAGAGGGGAUCGGACGACGAAGAUUCCGGUGAUGACCAAGAGAACGCCGACACAUCAAACAUAGACACAGCGCGAAAGGCCCGUGGCACUAUUCUCGUUACAUUGAGAAACGUUGUGCCAUAUACUCUGUGGGACCUGCCCAGACUGGCCAAAACCCCUCCUCCAUCGACAUCGACAUCGACUGGGCAGAAGUCAAAUCCAAAAUAUAUCCAGCUGCGUUCCUUUGUGUUCCAUCGGAGCAUAUGGACGGGCUACGAGCAUCGGAUGACAAAAGGAGAGAGGGCUCACGGACAAGGGAAGACUGGAGAGGGCGGUGAAGAUCGUACAUGGGAGUUCUGCUUACAGGACUAAACGCUUGUGUUCCCCCUUGUUGCAAU